UCCAAUAAAUCAAAGAACAUAAAAAUUCAACAAGAAAAGUAAUUUUCAAGGGAAAAAAAAAGGUUAAAGAUUGUGGGAAUGAAGUAUUCCAUUCGAUAUCUAGAGGCUAUGGCAUUGUCUAAAGGUGUUGUUGAAGAUGAUGAUAAGAAACAAGAGGCAUUUGUUUUCCCUAAAUUUGUUUUGAUGGGUCACAGAGGAUUUGGGAUGAACAUGCUUCAAUCUCCUGACGAGAAGAUGAAAUUUAUCAAAGAGAAUUCUCUUCUUUCUUUUAACGUUGCUGCAGAUUUCCCUAUUGACUUCAUUGAGUUUGAUGUCCAGGUAACAAGAGAUGGAUGUCCUGUAAUUUUCCAUGAUAUCUUCAUGUUCACGCAAGAACAGGGAGUGAUUACUGGGAAUAGAGUAACGGCAAUGGCUUUAGACGAAUUUCUCUCGUAUGGACCACAAAAAGAUGGUACAAAUGUGAAGCCUAUGUUCAGGCAGACAAAAAAUGGUAGAAUUUUCGAAUGGAGAGUUGAAAAGGAUGAUACUUUGUGUACCCUUGAAGACGCAUUUUUAAAAGUUAAUCAGUCAGUAGGAUUCAAUAUUGAGCUCAAAUUCGAUGAUAAUACAGUGUAUGGACAAGAAGAGUUACGUCUAACUCUUGACAACAUCUUGAAGGUUCUAAAUGACCAUGCGAAGAACCGACCCAUUAUCUUCUCGAGCUUUCAUCCUGAUGCGGCUCGACUCAUUAGGAAUUUGCAGAGGAAUUAUCCAGUAUUCUUCUUAACAAAUGGUGGAUGUGAAAUCUAUAAGGACGUGAGAAGAAACUCAUUAGACGAGGCCAUCAAGCUUUGCAAAGACAGCGGUUUGCAAGGGAUUGUGUCUGAGGUUAAGCCCAUAUUAAGAACUCCAAACGCAAUCACAAGAGUCAGAGAUUCAAGACUUUCUCUUCUAUCUUAUGGCCAGCUCAACAAUGUUGUUGAGGUGAUUUACUUGCAAUAUCUUAUGGGCGUGGAGGGUGUCAUUGUUGAUAUGGUUAAGGACAUCUCUGAAGCCAUCGCCAAUAUUAUAGUUAGGAAUAAGGAAGAUUGUGAAGACGAUGAUAGACAAAAGAUGUUUGGAGAGGAGAAGAAAAAGCUAAAAAUUUCUAAGGAUGAAAUCAAUUUCUUAACUAAGUUUGUUCCAAAACUGCUUCAACAAUAAAAAUUGAUUACUUA